UCAAGAAAUCCAACACCAAAUAAACACUAUAAAUACACUUCCGUAUCAAACCAGUUCAAUCAAUCAAAGCUAAAAGAACUUAAUCACUCUCACAAACUUCAAAUCCUCCUCAUCCCUUUUUGAAUCAGCAAUCAUGUCUCAACAACAAUUCAACGCUGGACAGACAAGAGGCCAAGCUCAAGAGAAAGCUGAGCAAUGGACCGAGUCUGCGAAGCAAACCGCGCAGUCCGCACGUGACAAGACUGCUGAUUUGACACAUCAAGCAGGUGACAAGGCUACAGAUUUGACACAAUCAGCUCGUGACAAGUCAGCUGAUGGAUCUCAUUCCGCUAAACAGUCCGCCCAGCAUAACCAGGAACAAGCUGCUGGUUUAUUUGGACAGACCGGUGAAUCAGUGAAGAACAUGGCUCAAGGUGCUCUUGACGGUGUGAAGAACAGCCUUGGCAUGAACGAGAAGAAAUGAGACUAUGAAUACUCAUGCUUCUCAACGAUUUAAUAAAAAAUAUUUAUGAUUAAUUUCUUGUUUUUGGAAAUUUUGGGUUUCUCCAAAUUAUGUUUGUAAUAAGAUCAUUUAUUUUGAAAGAUUUUGUGAUCAUGUGUGAUCUGAAAUCUGAGAUGUAAUAAGAUGUUGUAACAUCAUAGCC